AUGUCGUACUAUCCUGGUCAAGGAUACCAGGGCGGAGGCUACGGUGGCCCUCCUCCGCCUCAGAACUACGGACAGGGCUAUCCUCCGCCUCAGCAGUAUGGCCCUCCUCAAGGUCAAUACGGCUACCCGCCGCCAGCCCACUCUCCACAGCCUCCCUACGGCUAUGGGACACCGCCGCCCGGCCAGUAUGGCGGCUAUCAGCAGACGCCCCCGCCGCAGCAAGGCUAUGGCUAUGGUGCGCCCAACGCAGCGCCGCCGCAGCACCAGCAAUACGGCAACCCCCCCGUUAACAACAAAACCCAUGCUCAGGGCAAUCACGGAGCACCACAUGCUCCCCCACAGCAAGCCCAGGCCUUCGGUCACGGCGCUCCGUCGGGCUAUUCGUUCCAGUACUCGAACUGCACCGGCCAACGCAAAGCCCUGCUCAUCGGAAUCAACUACUUCGGCCAGAGGGGCCAGCUGCGCGGAUGUAUCAACGAUGUCAAGAACAUGAGCGCCUACCUCAACCAGCACUUUGGUUACAAGCGCGAAGACAUGGUUCUUCUUACCGAUGACCAGCAAAACCCCAUGAGUCAGCCAACCAAAGCAAACAUCCUGAGGGCAAUGCACUGGCUGGUCAAGGAUGCGCGCCCGAACGAUUCGCUCUUCUUCCACUACUCGGGUCACGGCGGUCAGACAAAGGAUCUCGAUGGCGACGAAGAUGAUGGAUACGACGAGGUCAUCUACCCCCUUGAUUUCCGCCAGGCCGGUCACAUUGUCGACGAUGAAAUGCACCGCAUCAUGGUGCAGGGACUGCAGCCCGGUGUCCGUCUAACAGCCAUCUUCGACUCUUGUCACUCGGGGUCUGCCCUGGAUCUUCCGUACCUCUACUCCACCUCUGGUGUCCUCAAGGAGCCCAACUUGGCCAAGGAGGCUGGCCAAGGUCUUCUUGGGAUCGUGUCGUCGUACGCGCGGGGAGACUUGGGCGGGAUGGCAAGCACUGCAAUGGGCUUCUUCAAGAAGGCUACAACGGGCGAUGAGACGUACAAGAGGAACCUCCGGACAAAGACGAGCCCGGCAGACGUCAUCAUGUGGAGUGGAAGCAAGGAUACUCAGACAUCAUCCGACGCGACCAUCGGCGGCCAGGCUACUGGUGCGAUGAGCUGGGCGUUCAUCAACGCUCUCAAGAAAAACCCGCAGCAGAGCUAUGUCCAGCUGCUCAACAGCAUUCGUGAUGAGCUUGAGGGCAAAUACUCACAGAAACCUCAGCUUAGCUGCAGCCAUCCGUUGGACACGAAUUUGCUGUUCGUCAUGUGA